AUGGGCUGUUGUUGUAGUAAAAGUGACCAUGACAAUUUGUACCCACAAUUGCUGGCCGACAACGAGCGCGACGCGAUUUCCGCGCUGUUGCAGUACCUGGAGAACCGAGGAGAGGUGGAUUUCUUCUCUGACGGGCCUCUCAAGGCGCUGAGCACUCUGGUGUACUCAGAUAACAUUGACCUCCAACGAAGUGCAGCGUUGGCAUUUGCGGAAAUCACAGAAAAGGACAUUCGGGCCGUGUCAAGAGACGUCCUGGAGCCAAUUCUGAUUCUGCUGCAGAGCUCCGACCAGGACGUUCAGCGCGCAGCCUGUGCCGCGUUGGGAAACAUGGCUGUCAACGACGAAAACAAAGUGCUUAUAGUCGAGAUGGGUGGGCUGGUGCCCCUUAUUAGACAAAUGAUGAGCUCCAACAUCGAAGUCCAGUGCAACGCAGUGGGAUGCAUCACCAACCUGGCCACACAGGACAAAAACAAAACCAAAAUCGCCACAUCCGGCGCCCUUAUCCCACUCACCAAACUUGCAAAGUCUCCAGAUCUUAGAGUGCAAAGAAAUGCCACCGGCGCCCUGCUGAACAUGACCCAUUCGCUGGAAAAUCGCAAAGAGCUGGUCGAGGCCGGUUCCGUCCCGGUGCUGGUCCAAUUGCUGUCCUCGCCCGACCCUGACGUCCAGUACUACUGUACUACUGCUCUGUCCAACAUCGCGGUGGACGAGUCAAACAGAAAGAAAUUGGCCACCACCGAACCCAAAUUGGUGAGCCAGCUGGUCCAGCUGAUGGACUCGUCGAGUCCUCGAGUGCAAUGCCAGGCCACGUUGGCCCUCAGAAACUUGGCAUCCGACGCGUUGUACCAACUAGAGAUAGUUCGGGCUGGUGGACUGCCGAACCUCGUGUCUUUGCUCAAGUCUCAGCACGAGCCUCUGGUUCUUGCUGCGGUAGCAUGCAUCCGCAACAUCUCCAUACAUCCGAUGAACGAGGCGCUGAUCAUCGAUGCUGGAUUCUUGAAGCCUUUGGUUAAUCUUGUUGACUACACGGACUCGAUCGAGAUCCAAUGUCAUGCGGUUUCUACGCUCAGAAACCUGGCAGCCAGCAGCGAGCGGAACAGAAUGGAAUUGCUGGAGGCCGGCGCGGUGAAGAAGUGCAAGGAGCUGGUUUUGCAAGCUCCAGAAAGCGUUCAGAGCGAGAUCUCUGCAUGUUUUGCUAUUCUGGCACUCGCAGACGACCUAAAGGCCAAACUCCUCGACCUGGGGAUCAUGGACGUGCUAAUUCCGCUGACCAAGUCGUCGAACCCUGAGGUGUGCGGCAACUCUGCUGCUGCGCUGGCGAACUUGUGUUCGAGAAUCCAGGACUACAAGAUCAUUUUGGACAACUACGACGGGAUCUCCAACUUCAUCUCGGAGUUCUUGAACUCGGGCAACUCGACCUUCGAGCACAUUGCGCUCUGGACAAUGCUGCAACUGCUGGAGUCGAACAACCAGGAAAUAAAGUCCAAGAUCAAAAGCGAAAUCAACAGAGGCAAGAUGAAUCUCAACAACCUGACAGGAGAAGACUUCAAUGGGGGCGACGAAAUCUCGAACUUGACACAGCAAAUUUUGGAUCUUAUCAAAUAA